AUGGACAGAGAGCUGCCCUGCGCUGAGGUGGAUGGAGAAGUGUCCUCUGCCAGGGAGGAGCUGGGAGGAGAGAUGCUGCCCUGUGCGGAGAGCGAUACCGAAGGAGAUGUGUCCUGUGCCGAGAGCGAUACCGAAGGAGAGGUGCCCUGUGCUGAGACCAACACAAAAGAGGCACCUUAUGCUGGGAGCGGUGAGGAAGGAGAGGUGCCCGGCACUGACAGCGACAGGGAAAUGCCUUGUGCCGAGAGUGACGCAAAAGGAGAGGCAUCUUGCUAUGAGAGUGAGGGGGAAGAAGUACCGGACACUGAAAUCCCUACUGCUUCAAAGAAAAUGUCUUCUCUUUCUUCUCCCUUGCGGGCAAUCAUCCGCCUGCGACGACGAUACCGGGUGCAAAAGAAAAGCCGUCUGCAUUUAGAACUCCCUCGAGAAAAGUCUCCAGAGCUUGUCCACACGAGGCUGCUCCAAAGGCAGCUUUCCCUGAACCGAACUAGCCUGUAUGGCUCUUCCAUGGCCUUCUUUAACCAGAGCAGCUUUGAAAGUUCCCAGUACUUCACCUUCGACACAUCGCUGGAGCAGUACGCUAUGAAAAAAUGCAGGCGGAAAAAGAAUCGAAGGAAAUCUAGGAUAGUCCUGUACCCAGAUAAAACGAAAAAAUACCUUCCAACGGAGGAGAAGAGCAAGGCAAAACGCUGCCUCCUCUUGCUCAUUGUCAUUAUCUUCUUCCAGAUUCUCAAUGCAAUAGAGAACCUGGAUGAUAACCUCCAAAAAUACGACCUGGAUGGUUUGGAGAAAACAAUGCACCGGGAAGUAUUUGGGCAGAAGGUCGCUGUGGAAAGUAUUAUGGAAUUACUGAAAGACUAUCUGGCUACCCACAUACACAACAAGCCUCUAGUAAUCUCUUUAAACGGCCCGACAGGAGUUGGGAAGAGUCACGUUGGCUGGCUACUGGCCAAACAUUUUCGUUCCGUCAUGGACAAUGACUUUGUGCUUCAGUACUUCGUUAUGCAUCACUGCCCCAACGGGGUGGCUCCUCUCACUUGCGAAAUAGAUUUGUCUAAGAAGAUUUCUGACAUGGUUACGAGAGCCGAAGUAGAAGAGAAGAUACCCCUGUUUAUUCUGGAUGAGGUUGAACUCAUGUCCCCAGUCCUGCUGGAUACUCUCAGUCGAUUCUUUGAGCCCAAUCAAACCAAUGAGUUCCUCAAUGCCAUCUAUGUUUUGAUAAGCAACAUAGGAGGUGGUGAAAUAACAAAGUUUGUUAUCCAGAAUGCAUCCACUGAGCUUCUGCAUCAGCAAAGGGGAGUUGAAGAGUUGCUGAGCAUCGUCCAGCCUGUGCUGAUUGACGUCCACCCUCUCUGGAAGUCUGCAGACAUCAUCCCGUUUGUUCUUCUGGAGAAGACUCACGUCAUAAACUGCUUCCUAGAGGAGAUGAGGAGGGAAGGGCUGUAUCCUGACCAGAAGCACAUUGAGAAUCUAGCAAGUCAGCUCAGUUACUACACUACAGGGGACAAGCAGUACUCCAGGAUGGGCUGCAAGCAGGUGGUGGCCAAAGUCAACCUGCUGUAG